CCCAGUUGGUAGGGAGAAAUUGGAAGCAAAUGACAUCACCGCAGGUCCCAGAAAAGGGGAAGAGCCAAAAGCAUUGGCCGGGUCCUGGAUAUUCAGAGGUCGAGUCCAACCUGAACCUGGCGGGACACAGACCUCAGUGCACCACGGAGACAUCAUGCAGAAGUCGCCUUUAGAGAAAGCCAGCUUUAUCUCCAAACUCUUUUUCAGCUGGACCACACCAAUUUUAAGAAAAGGGUAUAGACAGCGCUUGGAGUUAUCAGACAUAUACCAAGCUCCUUCUUCUGAUUCAGCUGACCAUGUGUCUGAACAGCUAGAAAGAGAAUGGGACAGGGAACAAGCGUCAAAGAAGAAUCCCAAGCUUAUCAACGCUCUUCGGCGAUGCUUUUUAUGGAAAUUCAUCUUCUAUGGAAUCUUGUUAUACCUAGGGGAAGUCACCAAGGCCGUCCAACCCCUCUUGCUAGGAAGAAUCAUAGCUUCCUAUGACCCAGAUAACAAGAUGGAGCGCUCCAUUGCCAUUUACUUAGGCAUAGGCUUGUGCCUUCUCUUCAUUAUCAGAACAUUGCUUCUUCAUCCAGCCAUUUUUGGUCUUCAUCGCAUUGGAAUGAAGAUGAGAAUAGCUAUGUUUAGCUUGAUUUAUAAGAAGACUUUAAAGCUGUCAAGCCGUGUUCUUGAUAAAAUAAGUAUUGGACAACUUGUUAGUCUUCUUUCCAACAACCUGAACAAAUUUGAUGAAGGACUUGCCUUGGCACAUUUUGUGUGGAUUGCUCCUUUACAAGUAGCUCUCCUGAUGGGACUUCUCUGGGAAUUGUUACAGUUCUCUGCUUUCUGUGGCCUUGGUUUACUGAUAAUACUUGUCCUUCUUCAGGCUAUUUUAGGGAAGAUGAUGGUGAAGUACAGAGAACAGAGAGCCGCAAAGAUCAAUGAAAGACUUGUGAUCACAGCAGAAAUUGUUGAUAAUAUCCAUUCUGUUAAGGCAUAUUGUUGGGAAUCAGCGAUGGAAAAGAUAAUUGAAAACCUGAGAGAGGUGGAACUGAAACUGACCCGGAAGGCAGCCUAUAUGAGGUUCUUCACCAGCUCUGCCUUCUUCUUUUCAGGGUUCCUUGUAGUCUUUUUAUCUGUGUAUCCCUAUACAGUCAUCAACGGAAUCAUCCUCCGAAAAAUAUUCACAACCAUUUCUUUCUGCAUUGUCCUGCGUAUGUCAGUCACACGACAGUUCCCCACUGCUGUACAAACAUGGUAUGAUUCUAUUGGAAUGAUAACAAAAGUACAGGAUUUCCUGCAGAAUCAAGAAUAUAAGAUGCUGGAGUAUAACUUAAUGACCACAGAUGUGGUCAUGGAGAAUGUAACAGCAUUCUGGGAGGAGGGAUUUGGAGAAUUAUUGGAGAAAGUACAACUAAACAAUGGUGACAGAAAACUUUCCAAUGGUGAUAGCGGCGUUGGUUUUAAUCAUCUUUGUUUUCUGGGAAAUCCUGUGUUGAAAAACAUCAAUUUUAAGGUAGAAAAAGGAGAGAUGUUGGCUAUUACUGGAUCUACUGGAGCGGGAAAGACAUCACUCCUGAUGAUGAUUUUGGGAGAACUGGAAGCUUCAGAGGGAAAAAUUAAGCACAGUGGAAGAAUUUCAUUCUGUUCUCAAUUUUCAUGGAUUAUGCCGGGUACUAUCAGAGAAAAUAUCAUCUUUGGUGUUUCCUAUGACGAGUACAGAUAUAAGAGCAUCGUCAAAGCUUGUCAACUGCAGGAGGACAUAUCCAAGUUUGCAGAAAAAGACAACACGGUUCUUGGAGAAGGUGGAGUCACACUGAGUGGAGGUCAACGUGCAAGGAUUUCUUUAGCAAGAGCAGUAUAUAAAGAUGCUGAUUUGUACCUCCUGGAUUCUCCUUUUGGAUAUCUAGAUGUCUUAACUGAAGAACAAAUAUUUGAAAACUGUAUCUGUAAAUUGAUGGCCAACAAAACCAGGAUUUUGGUCACAUCUAAAAUGGAGCACUUAAAGAAAGCUGACAAAAUACUAAUUUUGCAUGAGGGCAGCAGCUAUUUCUAUGGGACAUUUUCUGAAUUACAAAGUCUACGUCCAGACUUCACUUCAAAACUCUUGGGGUAUGACACCUUUGACCAGUUUACUGAGGAAAGAAGAAGCUCAAUUCUAACUGAGACUUUACGCAGGUUCUCAGUAGAUGAGUCCUCUGUCCCCUGGAACAAAACCAAACAGUCAUUUAAACAGACUGGAGAGUAUGGAGACAAAAGGAAGAGCUCGAUUCUAAAUUCCUUCAGCAAUAUGAAGAAAUUUUCCAUUGUGCCAAAGACUCCAUUAGUCACAGAAGAAGAUUUUGAUGAGCCCCAAGAAAGGAGACUGUCCCUGGUUCCAGAUUCUGAACAGGGAGAGGCAGUCCUGCCUCGCAGCAACUUAAUCCCCACUGGCCCCACAUUUCCAGGCAGAAGAAGACAGUCUGUUUUGGACCUCAUGACAUACACACCCACCCAGGGCUUCAGCAACAUUCAGAGGACAAGGGCUUCCAUUCGAAAGAUCUCCUUAGCCCCUCAGAUAAGCUUAAAUGAAGUGGACAUAUAUUCAAGACGGCUAUCUGAAGACAGUGCAUUAAACAUCACUGAAGAACUUAAUGAAGAAGAUUUAAAGGAGUGUUUUUUUGACGAUAUGGUGAAGAUACCCCCAGUGACGACAUGGAACACAUACCUCCGCUAUUUUACUCUCCAUAAAAGCUUGCUUAUAGUGCUGAUUUGGUGCGUGCUUGUUUUUCUGGUUGAGGUGGCUGCUUCUUUAUUUGUCUUGUGGUUGCUUAAAAACAACCCUCCUCAUGAUGGGAAAAAUGCUACUUUAACUACAAAUAGCACCUAUCUUGUGAUUAUCACCCAUACAAGCUUCUUUUACAUUUUUUACAUUUAUGUGGGAGUGGCUGACACUUUGCUUGCCUUGGGCCUCUUCAGAGGUUUGCCCCUGGUGCAUACACUAAUCAAAGCAGCAAGAAUUUUACACCAGAAAAUGUUACAUUCUAUUCUUCAUGCACCAAUGUCAACCUUGAACACACUAAAAGCAGGUGGGAUUAUUAACAGAUUCUCCAAAGAUGUAGCAAUUUUGGAUGACUUCCUGCCUCUUACAAUAUUUGACUUCAUCCAGUUGCUGUUCAUUGUGAUCGGAGCUAUAACAGUCGUUUCGAUUUUACUGCCCUAUAUCUUCCUGGCAACCGUGCCUGGGUUAGUGGCCUUUAUCUUACUGAGGGCAUAUUUUCUUCAUACCUCCCAACAACUCAAACAACUGGAAUCUGAAGGCAGGAGUCCAAUUUUCACUCACCUUGUUACGAGCUUAAAAGGACUAUGGACACUCCGUGCCUUUGGACGCCAGCCUUACUUUGAAACUCUGUUCCACAAAGCUUUAAAUUUACACACUGCCAACUGGUUUAUGUAUCUGUCAACCUUACGCUGGUUCCAAAUGAGAAUAGACAUGAUUUUUGUCCUCUUCUUCUGUGUCGUUACCUUCGUUUCCAUUUUAACAACAGGUGAAGGAGAAGGAUCGACUGGUAUUAUUCUAACUUUAGCUAUGAAUAUCAUGAGUACUUUGCAAUGGGCUGUAAACACCAGCAUUGAUGUGGAUAGCUUGAUGCGAUCUGUGAGCAGAGUCUUUAAGUUUAUUGAUAUACCAAAAGAAGAAAGUGGGUGUACCAAGAUAAUGAAAGGACUACCUCAUGAAGACCCCUCUAAGGUUUUAGUUAUUGAAAAUGAACAUGUGAAGAAAACUGACAUCUGGCCCUCCAGGGGAGAAAUGAUUGUCAAAGACCUCGCUGUGAAAUAUGGGGAUGAUGGGAAUCCCAUAUUAGAGAACGUUUCCUUUUCAAUAAGCCCUGGCCUGAGGGUGGGCCUCUUAGGAAGAACUGGCUCAGGGAAAAGUACUCUGUUGUCAGCAUUUUUACGCUUGUUGAACAUUAAAGGCGAUAUACAGAUUGAUGGUGUCUCAUGGAACUCUGUGACCUUACAAGAAUGGAGGAAAGCUUUUGGAGUAAUAACACAGAAAGUAUUUAUCUUCUCUGGAACAUUCAGACAAAACCUAGAUCCUAACGGACAAUGGAGAGAUGAAGAAAUAUGGGAAGUUGCAGAUGAGGUUGGACUAAAAUCUGUGAUUGAGCAGUUUCCCGGGCAGCUCAACUUUACCCUUGUGGAUGGGGGUUAUGUGCUCAGCCAUGGCCACAAGCAGCUGAUGUGCCUGGCCCGGUCUGUUCUCAGUAAGGCCAAGAUCUUACUUCUUGAUGAGCCCAGUGCCCACCUGGACCCCAUAACGUACCAAGUAAUUCGAAGAGUUCUCAAACAUGCCUUCAGAAAUUGCACAGUAAUCCUCUGUGAACACAGGAUAGAAGCAAUGUUGGAUUGUCAACGAUUUUUGGUCAUAGAAGAGGGCAGUGUAUCACAGUACGACUCACUUCAGGCACUUCUGAACGAGAAGAGUCUCUUCCAGCAGGCGAUUAGCUCCUCAGAAAAGAUGAGGCUCUUCCAGAGCCGCCACUCCAGCAAGCAGAAGCCUCGGUCGCAAAUUACUGCUCUGAAAGAGGAGACAGAAGAAGAAGUGCAAGAAACCCGUCUCUAGUGGCUGGGAUGCUGGGGAAGCAGCUCCGUGGACCUGAGACAUUCCCAGAACCCAUGCAAAAUGAAAAUGCCUGGCAUGCCCCGUGCUUCUAACCCCAGUGCUGGGGACACAGGGACCGCUGGAUCCUUGGAACUCUGCGGCAAGUGAUCCUAGCCCACUUAGAGUUCCAGGCCAGGUACCUGAGGGACAGUUCCUGAGGAGCUCCUCUUACAAGUACACAUACAUGAAUACACAGACACACACAUGCACAUUAAUGGAUAUACACAGAAAAACAAGAAGAAGGGAAAAGGAAAGAUUAAAGGUCAGACAAUGCAAAUGAUUGCAAAAUGAUCACAUGAGAUGUUUGCUCAUGGACUCAGAGGAGAAGAGCCCCACUGUGUGUGCCUUUGAAAACAGGGUGAAGCCCCAUCCCUGCAUUUUAGGAGCCUGUUCUGGAAGAGAAAUCAAGAACAUUCCUAUGGGACUGGGUAACUGGCUUCUAAUAGUGGCUGAACUGUGUGAAAGGCUUCAGAUACUAAUGAUGGGCCACUGGUGCUUUGCAAGCCACGUUUUCCUGCAGACAUUUGCCCUCCAGUCGUAGCUGGAAAGGCAGCUAUAAGUGCCAACCAGGUUAGUUGUUCAACUUGUUAUUCAGAGCAACUUCAUUUACAUUAGUGAAGAAUUUAGAUCGGAUGAAAUAAUAACUGGAAAGGGUGGCUUAAAUAGCCCAUAUCCCAUCUUUCUUCUGUUCAAGAGAGACACAUGGUUAUCUUACCUGCUACAUACUAAUAUGUAGCCCACUCCAAGCAAAUGUUAGAAUACUAGGAAAACACGGGGUGGUAUUGAAGAUCCCCCACUCGACACCUUGUGUUCUUGUUACCUUCAUUCAGUAAUAAGAAUUCCAAGAUCUUGGAAAUUAGGAUUAAGACCAUCCAGCCCUACUCCAACACCUCUAAAUGUUCUUAUAGUUAAAGUAUCUCUGACAUAGGAAAAGAGUCAUUACAGUACCGUGCAGGGGCCAGGAUAAUUUCCUUGAUGUGGAAAUUGACACACAUAUGCUCCCAGAAUAGACCUUUAAGACUUCUGAAGUAAAGGAGACUUGUGUCAACACAAACUGGAGCAGCCCAGUACCAGGCCAAGGAGUUCCCAUGGAGACAGGCCACGGGCAGCAUGGGUAGAUAUGUGCAGGGGAUAUUCAUGUGCUCCCAGCUAGCUGUGUAUGCUUCAUAUUGUCUCCACACAAUUGUUGGGGAGAUACUCUGACAAAGAUUUAAUCAGGAAUUAGUUUUAUAUGUUUUGCUUUAUAAUUUGUGAUGCAAAUGAAAUUUUCUCUGGAAAAUAUUUAUUUUAGUAAUAAUGUUUUAAACUCACAUGUAACAAUGAUGUAUUUUAAGAAUGAUUACAUAAUGAAUUAUAUUUGUAUAAAAUAAUUUUUAUAUUUGAAAUGUUGAAUUUUUAUUGGCACUAGCUAUUUCUAAAAAGGGAAGUGAGGAGGACAGGAAUUACAAAGACCAGUGACCUUCAUGGAGUGAAGCAUUAUAACUGAUGCAACUCUGGUACAUAUCUAUUUGGUUCUCAGACAACACAUGUUCCAUUUUAAUGCAGCUUUGAAGAAGAUGGUACGGAAAGUCAAGAUGGUCCAACUAUGGGCACAUCAGCUUCUGAACUAAGCCUUAGAAGAAUGUAUUAUAUUUAUUAUUGUAAUAGAAUAUCAUGUGUCAAUAAAAUCCUUUUAUUUGUGUGAAACUUGUCUUUCAGAUAUGUUCAUUAGGUAUGUCUGUCUCUGAAACACCUACCUCUAGUCUCUAAGAUUCAUGGGACACAAAUCUUCCUUUUUAGAUAUAAUCUCUUUAAGAAUCCCAAUUGAGCCCGGCAGUGGUGGCGCACGCCUUUAAUCCCAGCACUUGGGAGGCAGAGGCUGGCGGAUCUCUGUGAGUUCAAGGCCAGCUUGGUCUACAAGAGCUAGUUCCAGGACAGGCUCCAAAACCACAGAGAAACCCUGUCUCGAAAAAAAACCAGUGUGUUGGUGAAAAUUUGGGCGAUUCAAAAGCCCAUUCUUAGAUGAAUUGCUCAAAAUGAGAGUUGAGAAUUGAAUGACUUCAAAUAAAGAGAAGGGUGAAAAGCAGUCAAGCUUCUAUCCAGAUGGGAAAUAGCUACAAUGAAAGGAGCAAGAUGGUGGAGGCUAUGGAAUCUGACACCACCCGGCUGACAUGAUUCUCAAUAUAGUACCUUAAAAUAGCAAACCAUUGUGACUGGGGAAGUGACUUCAGUAAAGGGCUGUUGUGUAAACAUGAAGUACUGAGUUCAGAUUCCCAGCACACACAUAAAAAGCUACAUAGGAUUUCCUGGACCUGUAAUUCCCUGUACAGAAGAAGUGGAGACAGGAGGACCCCUGGAGUUGGCUGCUCAACCAGUCUAGACAAAUUCAUAAACUUCCAGUUCAAUGAAAGACCCUGUCUCAAAAAUAAAGUGAAAAGUGAUUGAGGAAGACACACAAUGUUCUGUCUUUAUCUCUGGCCUUCCUGUGCACAUACAUCCAUGCACAUGUGUACCUGCACACAUGUCACCGACAAAUGUGUAUACACAACCCUCAUAUAUGUAAAUUCCUCCUUACUGUCCCUAUUGCCAUUGUUGCUAUUCACUUUAUUUAUACAUAAGCAUAUAUACAUGUGUAUAAGUACAGUAUGCUUUUUAUAAAACUUUAAGGAAAAAAAGUAAAAGUCAUUUUGCUUUCAA